AUGUCCCGAGGCGCUGGUGCACGGGUGGUGUCGCCCACGCUCUGUACCUAUUCCAUUCUCAUGGACUGCUGCUGCCGUGCAGGCCGCCCGGACUUGGUGGUUGCCUUCUUUGGCCGCCUCCUCAGAUUGGGGCUGUGCUUGAAUGUCAUCUCCUUCAACAACCUCCUCAAGGGGCUCUGCCAGGUCAAGCGUACAAAUGAGGCUGUGGACUUGCUGCUCCACCGGACACCUGAACUGGACUGUGUGCCUAAUGUCUUCUCGUACAGCAUCGUAAUCAACGGCUGUUUUAAACAAGGCGAAGUAGACAAAGCGUGCAAUCUCUUCCAUCAGAUGAUCCAACUGGGAGUUCAACCUAAUUUGGUGAUCUACAACUCAAUUAUCGACGCACUAAGCAAAUCCGGAGCAAUGGACAAGGCAGAAGUGGUCCUUCGGCAAAUGGUUGAUCAAGGAAUUGAACCCAACAUCAGGACAUAUACUAGCCUGAUACAUGGAUAUUCCGCUUCGGGUCAGUGGAAGGCGGCAGCUAGAGUAUUCAAGGAAAUGGUAAGUGUUGGUGUUCUACCAGAUGCUGUCGCGUGGAACUCAUUUAUGGAUUCACUUUGCAAGCAUAGAAGGACAAAGGAUGCUAGAGUUAUUUUUGACUCCAUGGCUGCAAAGGGCCAAAAACCUAAUAUUGUCUCCUACUCUAUUAUGCUAAAUGGGUAUGCUAAAGAAGGAUACUUCGAUGAUAUGACUGGUCUCUUCAAUUUGAUGCUACAGAAUGGUAUUGUACCUAACCACCAUGUUUUCAACAUACUGAUCAAUGCAUAUUCUAAACGUGGGCUGAUGGAUGAGGCUAUGCACAUGUUUGAAGUAAUGAGGCAACAAGGAGUAAACCCAGAUGUAUUUGGCUAUCAAAUUGUAAUGGAUUCACUUUGCAAAAUGGGUAGGGUGGAUGCUGCUCUGGACAAAUUUAAUCAGAUGGUCAAUCAAGGAGUUUCACCCAACAAAGCUGUUUACCAAUGCCUGGUUCUGGGUUCUUGCUCUAAUGGUGAUUUUGUGAAAGCCAAGGAAUUGAUUUCUGAAGCAGUUAAUAGAGGUCUGUGUUCUAACAGUGUAUUCUUCUAUCCUGUAAUAAACAACCUGAGCAAAGAAGGAAAGUUGAAGGAUGCACAGGAUAUGUUUGACUUCAUUGUGGGUAUUGGUCGUCCGCCUGAUGUUAUUAUGUACAAUUCACUGAUGGAUGGAUAUUGCCUUGUUGGCAAGGUGGAGGAAGCACUGAGAGUACUUGAUGCUAUGAAGUUUGCUGGCCUCCAACCUGAUGCUUUUACAUAUGGUAUACUUCUUAAUGGCUACUGUAAAAUUGGCAGGAUCGCCGAUGGAUUGAGUCUUUUCAGGGAAAUGUCACUCAGCGGGGUUAAGCCCACAACUAUUAUGUACAACAUUAUACUUGAUGGGCUGUUUCGCUCCGGGAGAGCAGUUUCUGCAAAGGAAAAAUUCUGUACGAUGAGCGAAAGUGGCAUACCAGUGGGCAUUGGCACAUACAACAUAGUUCUUCAUGGACUUUGUAGAAACAAUUGCACUGAUGAAGCAAUAGAGCUGUUCAACAAAUUACGUGCUAUGAAAUUGAAGAUUAAUGUCAUAACAAUCAAUACCAUGAUUUCUGCUAUGUUUAAAACUAGGAGAAUUGAAGAAGCCAAGGAUUUGUUUGCUACUAUAUCAGCCAUUGGGUUGGUGCCUUCUGUUGUGACUUACAGUGUAAUGAUGACGAAUUUCAUAAAAGAAGGGUUGCUGGCAGAGGCUGAUGAUAUGUUUUUAGCAAUGGAGAAGGCUGGCUGUGCUCCUGACUCCAGACUGCUAAAUCACGUGGUCAGAGUGUUGCUGGAGAAUGGUGCAGUUGUAAAGGCUGCAACUUAUCUCGCUAAACUUGAUGCAAACCAUCUGUCACUUGAAGUUUCAACGAUUUCAUUAAUAGUAUCUCUCUUCUCAGGGGAAGGGAAACUAAGGGAGCAUGUAGAGUUGCUUCCAGUAAAGUACCAGCCUCCUGAGAGUUCGGCUGACAAUUGA